AUGUCUCAUUCUACAAGCAGCUCUAGCUCAAGUUCCAGCUCGACAAGCGAAGACGAAGUCCAUGUUGAAAUCGAUGAGCAAGCUUAUGAUCCGGGUGAAGAACUUAUGUUAUUGGUUCUUCAACAACACCAACAACUUAUGGAAGCAUAUCAGAGGAGGGACAUGCGCAGAAGAAGGUUCGUCCAAAGAAAUCGUGAAGCCGGGCAUGAGAGACUUGUCAAUGAUUAUUUCUCUAUAACCCCGGUAUAUCACGAUGAAAUAUUUCGAAGACGAUUUCGAAUGCGAAGAGAGUUAUUCCUCCGCAUAGUAAAUGCAUUAGAGAAUCAUUCAGCAUUUUUUCAACAAAGGGACGAUGCUGUACGAAGAAAAGGGUUGUCACCACUACAAAAAUGCACCGCUGCGAUUCGUCAACUGGCUUACGGAGUCCCUGCCGAUCAUCUUGACGAGUACCUACGUAUGGGUGAAUCAACUGCCAUCAGGUGCCUUUUCAAGUUCUGCGAAUACGUUGUUGAAAUAUUUGGUGAUAGGUACUUGAGAAGGCCAAAUGCUGAUGAUGUUCAACGUCUUCUUCAAAUGCAUGAUGAGAGACAUGGCUUUCCUGGCAUGUUAGGUAGCCUUGAUUGUAUGCACUGGAAAUGGAAAAAUUGUCCAGUUGCUUGGAAAGGUCAAUUUACAAGGGGGCAUGAGUCACCAACAAUCGUACUUGAAGCGGUCACGUCUCAUGACUUGUGGAUAUGGCAUGUAUUUUUUGGGGUCGCCGGUUCACGUAACGAUAUUAACGUGUUAUAUGAAUCUCCCAUAUUCAACAACGUCUUGCAAGGAAAUAUACCAGAGAUUAAUUUCACGGUGAACGAUACUACAUAUACGAAGGACUAUUAUUUAACAGAGGGAAUAUAUCGCGAGUGA